AUGGAGUAUGCUUUUGACAUACCUUCUAAAUGCUCCGGAGUCGUGACCAAUAGGUGCGACCUUAAGGUUGUGAAUCACGUAUUUGAUGAGCUAGAUGAUGAACAUAAACAUCUUUUUUUGGAAUCUUGCUUCCGCCCAUUAGUGCACAUUCCAGAGUUGAAGUUGUCGUCUCAAAUAAUCCACCACCUUCUUAUGAGGACCUUGAAAUCAUCCGACAAUGAAAAUGAUUCCGUGUGGUUCAAGUUCGGAGAAAACCAAGCUAGACUCGGGUUACAAGAGUUUUCUCUUGUAACCGGAUUAAAGAUCGUGGAUGAUCCCGAGUACAAGGUCCCCGAAAGAAGUAGUUCGCUUUUGCAUCUAUUCAAAAAGAAGCGUGGGAAGAUAAUGAGGAAGGAUUUGCUCGAGAAAUUUGAUGAAUUGAAGAAGAAGGAAGAUGCAAACUUGAAAUACAAAUUGGGGCUUAUCACGGUCCUCGAGCACGUGAUUUUGUCUGCAGAGUGUCGGACUCUCGUAGAUGAAAAAUGGUUCCAUUUGGUUGAAGAUUUGGAGCAUUUCAAUAGUUAUCCUUGUGGAAACUUGUCGUAUGGGUACACCGUGAAGUUGUUUAAGCGGAACAGUUUCGGUAAAACAAAAAACCCAAAGUCGAUAGCAUAUUCUCUUCAUGGAUUUCCCCUAGCUAUCAUGGUUUGGGCAUUUGAGGCACUGCCUGAUUUAGGAAGACAAUUUGCUGAACAAUGUUCUACUGGCGGACUUCCGAGAAUAAUGUGUUGGAAAAUGGACAAACAUGUGCGAAGCGAGCAACUUAUUACGUUUUUCAACACAUCGGAGGUUCAAGUUCGACGAACGUUACAACCUUCAAGUGAUGAAGUUGAAACUUCAUACUUGAAGGAUUUCAGCAUAACUUCAGAGGAUCAAGAAAGUGUGCCUGAAGAUGAGGAAGAAGAAGAAGGAGAAAAAAAUGACGCUGAGGAUGGUAAGGAAGAGGAGGAAGAAAAAAAUGAUACAUCUCCAUCCGAUCCACCACAACCCCAAGUUUUGGAUGCUGAAAAUAUUCGAACUAUAGUCAGGGAAGUUGUGACGAAAGUUGUGAAGGACGAGAUGAGAAUAUUUUCCGAGCGAAUGGAGAUGAUGAUGGAGAAGAAGAUGGAGCGAAUGGAGAUGAAGAUGGACAUAAAGAUGAACAAUUUUUUUGACCGAAUAGAAAAAUUAGUUUUUCAAGCAAAAGCUGGUCCAUCUACCCGUGCUACCUAUGACGGGACAAAUGUUGAUGAAGAGGUUGAUCCGAAGACCGGUCGAACAAUAGAUGGUGUUGAAGUUCCGUUGUCCUCUGGUGGUACAGCAAAUAAAGAUUUUUUUAAUAAACUUGUGAACGAUGGAUGGCUUUCUAGUGAGGAUGAUCCUAUCGAUGACAGGAUAUUAGACCUAUUAAUCCAAAUUAGGUGGUCUCUAGAUGGUCACCUCAAUGGAAUCCCAAUUCGAUUCGAUGACAGAAACAUUUGGAGGGAGAUGGCAAGAAUAUUAAAUGAAGAGUCGGACAUUACGAUCGAGGAUUAUCAGGUCUAUGACAGAGCCAAAUCCCUGAGGACACGAUUUAGAUGCAGGGGACUUAUUUUAAACGACAAGAUCAAUCAAGCAUUUGGUCCCUGCCGGGACUGUGGGAAUGUUAUGCAAUUCCCCCGCCUAUACCCCUCAGCUCAGAGGGCUGCAUCCAAUUCUCACUCAUCGGCGUCCAACUCUCGGCCCUCUGCAGUGGUCAAUGAUCUGGAUGCGGCAAGAAUAGCUGCGACAAGAAUAAAAGACCUCAUAUUAAGCGGUGCGGUUUCAUUUCCAGAGGGCAUGAGGGCUUGCACAUGGCUAGAGACGCACCACCUUGGAGCUCUUGCAUUUGUGGACUUGCCGCACGAUCGUCUCAUCUCUGUGGUAAAGGAUCAAUCUUACCUUUGA